CCUCGUCGUACCCGACGAGGGCGAGUCUUGAGGCUACUGAACUGUCCGUCUGUCUGCCGGCCUCCGCUGCAGCGGCUGCAGCGGCGGCUGCCUGCCAACAGUUCACCACGGACCCCUUAGCGGCCGAAGACUUGCUCCUCAGCUGGUACUCGCUCUACCAGCCGCGGCCCAAUCCGACGUCGGCAGCGGCAGCUCACCACCAAGCGGCCACAGCGGCUGCGGCCGCUGCGGCAGCCGCUGCAUCCGCACCCGCCGGCUCGAUGCUGGCAGCCAUGUCGACGCUGAUGAUGCCGGCCGCCGCCAUGACCCUGGCCGGUCAUCACAACCUCCACCAUCACCACCCGGGAGCGGCCGCCGCUCUGGCCGGCGCUCUACAGCACCAGCACCAGCCGCACCAUCACCAUCCGCACCACCACCACCACCACCACCACCAACAACAACAACAACAACAGCAACAGCAGCAACAGCAACAACAACAGCAACAUCAACUUCAUCAGCCGCAUCAGCAGCACCAGUCGCACCAGCCGAAGCCGGCCGAUUUGUUGAGCAUUGCCGCCGCCGCCGCCGCCGCGGCCGGCACUCACUCGACGGCCGCCUCGCUGCCCGUCGCUCACUUGGCCCUCAAGUCGGCCAGCGUCAACGGCCACGGCGGCGGCAGCGGCGGCGGCGGCGGCGGCAGCGGCGGCAGCAGCAGCAGCGCCAGCAGCGGAGGAGGCAGCGCCGGCAGCGGCACGGCCAACGGCCACUGUCAGAACAGCAACGAACAUUUCCACAUUUUCGUGGGGGACCUGAGCCCGGAAAUCGAGACGCACACGCUCCGCGACGCCUUUGCCGCUUUCGGAGAGAUCUCAGACUGCCGCGUGGUGCGAGACCCCCAGACGCUCAAAUCCAAGGGUUAUGGAUUCGUUUCUUUCGUCAAGAAAUCGGACGCCGAGAACGCCAUCGCCGGAAUGAACGGACAGUGGCUAGGAACGCGGGCCAUCCGCACCAACUGGGCCACCCGUAAACCGCCCGCUCCUAAAGAUGCCGGAUCGAAGCCCAUGUCGUACGACGAAGUCUUUGGCCAGUCGUCGUCCACCAACUGCACCGUCUAUUGCGGUAACCUGGCCCAAGGCACUACCGAGGAGUCCCUUCAAAAGAUUUUCGGCCCUUACGGCCAGAUCCAGGAGAUCCGCGUCUUCAAAGAUAAAGGAUACGCCUUUAUCAGAUUCGCCUCCAAAGAGUCAGCCACACAAGCCAUCGUCUCGGUCCACAAUACAGACUUGAACGGGCAAAAUGUCAAAUGCUCCUGGGGCAAGGAACCGGGCGAGCCCGGUAGCGCCAACAAUGCCCAGCUGAUGACGGGCGGACUAGGUCCAACCAAUACCCAGUACCCGUACGGCUACAACCAAGGCAUGAGCUACUGGUACCCGGGUGGCUACCCGCCGCAAAUGCAGUCGCAGUUUGUGCAGGGAAUGCAGGGCUACGCGGCUUACGGCCAGUUCGGCUACCAGCCCGGCAUGGGCAUGCAGCUGCCGGGCGGCUGGCAGAGCGUCCAAGCGCAGGCGGGAGCUGGCCAGCAGAUGGCGGCCGCGGCAGCCGCUGCCGCCGCCGUAUCUCAACAAGGCGGUAUGGUGGCCUCCUACCCCAUUCAGCAAUUCCAGGUAUUUCCGCCCCUGGCCGUUCACCAAAGCGCCCUCACCCUCUGACGCACAGAGGCAGACGGGAAAACACUCUUAAAAAAGGAUUCCGAUUUCAUUUAGGCUCAGUGAUGAUGAUGACUUGAUCAUGACGACGAGGGACUGGCACGGGAUCGAGAGAACAGACAAAACUGUGUAUGUGUGGGGCCGUCAGAAAUGAAAAGAAAAAAAAAAACUUAAACUUGAAAACAAAAACAAAAAAGAAAGAAAGAAAACAAAAAAUGCUGAAGGAAAAAAUCAAACAAUUUUUGUAUUGAGAAAAAGCAAAAGCAAAACACGCGGGAGAAGAGGAAGGAAACACAAUUAAGCAAACAAUUCUUAAUAAAUUACAAAAAAAAAAAAACGUUAUGGACGAUGAUGGAGAACUAUGUCGUUGAAGAGAGGAGGAAAAAAACAAAACAAAAGGAGCCGGGCGCAACGAAAAAAAAAAAUAAUUAAAUAAAAUAAAUACAAAAAAAAAAAAAAAAAAACAAUUGUGAAGUCAAAAGAGAAGAAGAAGAAGAGAGAGAGAGAGAAAAAAAAAAAGAAUAAUUAAAAUAAAUUUACAAAAAAUGUGGUGAUGACUGAACAAUACUGUGGUGGUGCUCCUGCUGUUUGUUGAUGUUGCGGCGGCGCUUUUUGAUUGCAAAAACAAAACAAAAAAACUAAACUAAAAAAAAAAAAAAAAUUAAUAAUAAUAUGCAUACAUUAAAAAACAAAAA